AUGGAGCGCAAUCUUGCCAUUUCAGCAGCACUGAAUGAGGCCGUGCAAGUCCACCAUAUGUUAUCUAGCAUGGACUCAAGCUCUUUGGAAGUUCGAACCCAGUCGGCUUGGGCUGAUUGUUUGGAGCUCUACGAGGAAAGCAUUCAGAAGCUAAAUCGUUCCAUGUUUUUAACUAACACCAUGCAGAAUAAUAUCCAUGUCCAGACUUUGUUAAGUUCAGCACUCACCGACCAGGAAACAUGCAAAGAUGGUUUCAUAGAUUUCAGCUUAGCUGCUACAUAUUCCAAGUUGUUUCCCUUGAAUGAAUCCUCGGAAAACCUUUGCAAAAUUCUUGGCAUGAAUAAAGCUGUAAUGGCUUCCCAAACCUCAGGUUUAGCUAGUGAAGAAAAAUCAGAAGGGUGGCUCUUACGGAAUCGUGGUCUGCCGGAGUGGCUUUCGGAGAGUGAUCGCAGGAUUCUUCAGGAAGCACCACCCCCACCUGAUCUAGUAGUAGCACAGGACGGGUCGGGUAAUUACAGGACCAUUGGUGACGCUGUGGCGACCGCAGCAGCAGCACAGAAAGGGGGUAAGAGAUUUGUUAUAUACGUGAAAAGAGGAGUGUACAAAGAGUACCCGGUGAUCCAGGUUGAGAACUUGACGCUUCUGGGAGAUGGAAUUGAGGCUACCAUUGUUACUGGAAAUAGAAGUGUUGCAGAUGGUGCAACAACCUCUAAUUCAGCAACUUUUGUUGCUCAAGGACGUGGAUUGAUUGUCCGGGGCAUGACAUUCGAGAACACAGCCGGUCCCGAAAAUCACCAAGCCGUUGCAGUGCGGUCUCAAUCCGAUUUCUCAGUUUUCUACCAGUGCAGCUUCAAAGGUUAUCAAGACACUCUCUAUGUCCAGAAAGGCCACCAGUUCUACCGCGACUGUGACAUCUAUGGAACCGUAGAUUUCAUAUUCGGCAACGCUAUUGCAGUCCUCCAAAACUGUAAAAUCUUUGUGAGGAAGCCAAUGACUCAACAGACCAACGUUAUAACCGCGCAAGGGAGAACAUGUCCUGAUGAUCCCACUGGUAUUGUGUUGCAUGAAUGCUUUGUCACCGCCGCCCCCGACUUAAAACCGGUUCAGGGGAUGUUUAAGACUUUUCUUGGGAGGCCAUGGAAGGAAUAUUCUAGGACAGUGGUCAUGAAAACUUCUCUAGAUGAUUUAAUCGACCCUUCUGGUUGGACUCCAUGGAACUCUAGUAACUUUUAUCUGGACACCUUGUAUUAUGGUGAAUUCAAUAAUACUGGAAGAGGUGCAGAUACUCUCCACAGAGUCAAUUGGCCAGGUUAUCAUAUCAUAACAAAUGUUGGCGAGGCUCUGAAGUUUACAGUUGGGAGUUUCUUAAAUAAUAUACCAUGGCUGGGGGAUACUGGAGUGCCAUUCACUCCUGGCUUGUGA